CGUUCCUAUGCAGCUUUAUUUCUAUUGAAUGAGCAUUCAGUUCAAUACAUUGUAAAAAAAUAUUUACAAAAGAUUCCUAUAAAUAUAUAAAAUUCUUUAAGUAUUUUAAUGUAUUGGAAAAAUUUACAUUUUACUAGUGAAAUUUUCCUUUUUACCCUGUCUAUGAAUUCUACAAAAAAAAGAAGCAAACCGGAACUUUAACGUUAUGCAACAUGCGUUGGAACACGUACGAUGACUGUAUCCCAAAAUGACUGUAUGUCAUCCCAACGUGACUAUAAUCUAAAUGAACAUAAUAAUCAAGGAUGUAUUACCUCUUAAAAUACAAUGAAGCAACUGCUUAAGAUUUUGUAGAGGUGAAUCAUACCCGACGACGCACUCUAACCAAUAUUCGAGAUACAUAUAUAUGUAUAUCUUAUAAAAUUGCGGACAGUGCAGAAGAUAGAGAAAUAAAUACGACGUUUUCACGUAGAUUCGUAAGAACGAAAUCCGUUAUUAAAAUAUCGUUGAAAGCGAUUGACAGUUAACAAUUUAUCGAGAACAAUUUGAGGAUAUUAUAUUGAAUAUAUGUUUCGCUUCUGCUUUCCGCUGUCUCUUUGUUGAAAUAACGAUAUAUUUUCAUAAAGCCUGUAUUUCAUACAAACGACACGAACUUGGACUAUAAAAAAAACAUUUCGCUAAGAAGACAUUACUGCAGUCGCAGUUUACGAUAAUAACAGAGACUGAUAAAAAAGGGAAUACAAUCGCGUCGCAACGACUAUAGACAAGCUAUAGAGAGAAGUAUUCCAGUCUUCUGUAAAAUAGCUCUGCUUAAUUUAACACACGACAAGAGAGCUCCCAGCAAAUACUGUUUUCGGGAAUUACGCGAGUGAUUGAAAUCAGUUAUUAAUUCAGAUGCUAAUGGUGUAAAGUAAUCAGUGGAAGUAAAUUCAAUGUGCAUGUAUUAAUAUAUUCGAAAGCUUGACAGAUAGAAUUUAUAAAUUGUUGCUUAAUCUCGGGAAAAGAUAUAUGUAUACGUUUGUGACGCAGCAAGACUUUCCGCCUGGCGUAAAGCCACAAAUUUCGAUGUGCUAUUUCUUCUGUUUUAAUCACUCUCAGCGUUUCUGUUAAGACAUUAUUUUUAGUACACCGUUUUUAUUUCUCCUAAAAUAGAUAUUUCGAAUACGAUAAAGUGUCGACACGAUGUAGCAAAAUUGAAUUAACUAAGCUAAGAUGCGCGCGUUAAAAUUCACACUCGUGAUAUGUACAGCCGCUGGAUUCUGGCAACCGCUAUCGUGGACAUCGCUCUUUAAGCAUAUCGUUUACAAAAGCUACGCGAUGUUUCUCAACUCCUCGUUACUCGUGUUCGCGAUGUCUCAAUUUAUGAAUAUCCUACUAAACGUCGAUAACUCCGACGACCUCACCGACUCCUUAUAUAUGAUGUUAACCGUGUUUGUCGCGGGCUACAAACAAAUCUGCAUAUGGAUAGAUCAUAAAAAUAUCACGGAGAUGAUUAAUAUUCUCAAUGAGAAGCCUUUUAGACCUUUCGAAUCGCAGGAAGUAACGAUACGGAAGAAAUUCGACAAAAUGAUACAGGAUAACACAAUGCGCUAUUUAAUUCUCGUGAUGGUAACGGUCAUAGCGAUACUCGUGUCGUCUAUAUGGAUGGAUUUUACGAAAGGAAACUUGACAUAUAUGGCAUGGGUGCCGUUCGAUUAUUCAGGCUCUAUUGCAUUCACUCUCGUGUUCACUCAUCAAAUGAUAGGCAUGGCGGCCUCCGGUUUGGUGAACGUCGCUUGCGAGAGUCUAGUUUGCGGUUUCUUGCUGCAGAUAUGCUGCCAAUUCGAAAUCCUGGAGCACCGAUUGACAAAAAUCACGCAGGGUCAGGACGUUCUGCGUGAUUGCAUACAUCAUCACAAUCUCGUAUUUGAAUACGCGAGCACAUUGAAUAAUAUGUUUACGAAAAUAAUCGCCGUUCAGUUCGCGGUGAGCAUGUUGGUGGUAUGCUCGAAUUUGUAUCGAAUAGCGAUGGCCGAGGAUUACGCGAGCUUUAUUCCAUUAAUAUGUUACACCAACUGCAUGUUAGCGCAAAUUUUCAUUUAUUGUUGGUUUGGGAACGAAGUUAAGUUAAAAAGUCUUCACUUGACGAAUAAUAUUUAUGAGAUGAAUUGGCCAGUGCUUAACAAUAACAACAAGCGAUCUCUUCUGAUUCUUAUGAAACGUGCAAUGAUUCCCAUCGAAUUUAGUAGUGCAUACAUAAUCACGAUGAAUCUUGACUCGUUUGUGGCAGUACUUAAGCUGUCGUAUUCAACUUUCAAUUUGCUGCGUCAAACGCAUGAAUAGUAACGUGGUUACUAUAUAGGGGUUGUUAUUGUUCACACUUGGUUCUGUUACAGAAACUUGCGUAUUAUAUAUUGUAGUAUUCAAAAAAAA